AUGGGCAUGUUCAUGACUAAACCUUCAACAGUGAAACACUCGGACGAUGGAGGUGAAUUCGAAAAAGGUCGAAUUCGUUAUGGUGUCAGUGGGAUGCAGGGAUGGCGUGUUUCAAUGGAAGAUGCACAUAUAGCAUUACCUGAACUAACAAGAUAUUCUAAUUUAAGUUUGUUUGGUGUUUUUGAUGGACAUGGAGGAUCUGUAAUUUCAGAAUGGGUAUCUAGGCAUAUUGAACAUAUAUUUGAGUCUGAACUGGAUAAUAUAGAAUGUGAUAUAAGGAAUGGAUUGUUAGAUUUGAUGAAAAAUGAUAAUAAGUUGCCCAACAAAAUUAUUACAAUAGCAGAAGCUUUACAAAGGACCUACAUUUUACUUGAUGAACAGAUGGCAUCCCCAGCAGCUAAACCUGAGCAACGGGCCAUUUAUGAUGAUCGUAAAUAUUCUGGUGAUAAUAAUCCACCAAGAACUUUUUUACAAGAACUUUUAGGUGGUGUUGAUGGUCAAAGACGAGUAUUACGUGUAGUAGAACAGAAUGGUAACAGAUGCCUUCAAAUAGUUUCAUUUGGUGAUGGGAAUAAUACAGAUGAGACUCAACAUUCAGAAAAUGAAAUAGAUUCUAUGGAAAGGGAAGAACAAAGUGAAGAUAAUAUGACUUCUAAGAAAGUAGAGGAAUAUAUUGAAGCAGAUAGUAAUAGUGGUAUAAUCCCAUUCCAUAGUGAUGUUGAAGAAAUAAAUGAUCCACCUAUUAUAGAUCCUGCUGAUAACAAAAACUUAGAUGAAGAUAUUGAGCAAGAUGAUAACUAUUUAGAUGAUUUAAGUGAUGUAGGUACUUGUAGUCCAGAACAUUGUGGAACUACAGCUGUUGUAGCUGUAUUUGUUCCUGCCAAUGAUACUGAUAUUUCUACACCUUAUUUAGUUGUAGCUAACGCAGGAGAUUCUAGAGCUGUUUUAAGUAGAUCUGGCCAGGCAAUAGCUUUGUCUCAUGAUCACAAGCCUGAAUUACCUUUGGAAAAUGACCGUAUAUUACGAGCUCAUGGUGUUGUUGAAAAUGGAAGAGUAGAUGGUAAUCUUAAUAUGUCAAGGACUCUUGGGGAUCUUCAAUACAAAAAUGAUGAAACUUUAAAGCCUGAAGAACAGAAGAUAACGGCAUUUCCGGAUAUUCGAAUUAUACCAUUAACUACUGAGGAUGAAUUUUGUAUUUUAGCUUGUGAUGGAAUCUGGGAUGUUGUAGACAAUCAGUUGUGUGUAGAUAUUGUAAGAAAAAAGAUGAUUCUUCAAAUGAGUCAGAAUCAACUUAAUUGCUUAUCUAAAGAACAAAGAAGAGAAUGUUUUACUAAUAAAGAUUUUCGUGAAUCUAAAGAACAAAUUUGUUCAUCUUCAUGUUUAGAUGGAUCUACUCCACUACCUCCACUUAGUAGUAUUCAACUAUCGAAAAUAUGUGAGGAGAUAUGUGAUGAGUGUUUGGCCCCUAAUCCUGUGGAAAGUGAGGGAAUUGGCUGUGAUAAUAUGACUAUGAUGAUUGUACAACUUGGUCCAACACUUCGCGAAAAGUCUACAGAACCCUCUGUUUCUUCAAGAAUUGGGACUUUUAUAGCUCGUAGACUAGAGGCUGCUACUCAUGCUCUUGAAAUUCAAAAGUCAGCAUCAUCUAGUGAUAAGGAAACUUCAGAUUCAGUUACUGUAAAUGAUUACCAGUCUAGAAAAUCUCCAGAUGCUGCAAUCUCAACUACACUUCCUACUGUUCCUUGGAUACCAAAGAAAGAAUUUCAUGUUACACUCUAUGGAUUUGGUAUAGAUGAUGGAAGGUUUGAUAAUAUACCUGAAUCAAGAUAA